GACGGGGCUUGACACGCGCCGUUGCUGUUUAGAUAUCCGGGGCCGCGCGCUUGUCCGACGUAAACAUCACUCCCGAGCUCCGGCGCAUCACCGAAAAGAGUACCAGACACCUGACGACGUACCCGGCCAUCACUUCCUUGACUACGGGACACCCUCUCUUUCCCCUGUUCUCAAGCCUAUUCAGGCACACGCGAUGGAGUCUGCGCAUAGGAAAAUCGAGCUCCAGUCCCACGAAGACCUCGCAUUCCUCCUCAACAAUGUCCGACGCGCCGCACGGGACCAACUCGACAAUGCGUUCCCGCAAAUAGAGGGCAGCAAUGCAGGAGAAGAUGAGCUCCGGGUGCCUAUUGAGCGGCUCGUGAACGAGUACAUCGACAAAACAUUUACCCAUGCCGCCCCGAACCUAUCCAUCAACGGUCUCGACGCUGAUCCCACCGCCUUCCUCUCCCUCAAUCCCUCCGACGAGCCCGAGGAGGCCUACGAGCCCUGGGAUCCCCGCCUCCGCCAACGCGUCGAAGAUCUCGCCCGCGAGGAGGAGGACCUCCUUAACGAAAUCGCCGCCCUUAAGAAGUCCGUCCCCGGCGCCGUCGCCGCCGCCAUGACGCACGAUUUCAAGACCGCCGUCGCCUCGGACGAGGCCGCGCUCGAGGCCGCCAAGAAGGCGAGGGAGGCCGAGGCGAACGUGAUCGAGGCCGAGGCGCUCCCGCUCGAAGAGAUGGAAAGGAGGACUGAGGUCAAGGAGAUCUUUGGGGGCGCGGUCGGCGCGCUGGGCAAGUUAAAGAAGGAGAUGCCAGCUACAGUCGCCAAGAUGGAGAGAGCGAGGGUCGCGGGCGAGUACACCGUCACUGAACGAUCGUGAACAGCAUAUUCACAUGGAGAGGGGCCGUAAUGUCUGGGAGUUUCGGCGUUUUGGGGGCUUUUAUACCACAAUUCACAUAGGGGUUAGAAAAGGGUUGUCAGCCCAUGCAACUACUUGUAAAGAUGAAUCAAACCGGAUGAUGUAG